AUGGUUUAUUGCGCAUGGUUAUGCGCUGCCUACGUACCCGAAGUUUACGAUGGAUCUUCUUCGGUAUCAGGCGAUAGAGCACUGGCCAACAGUGACGGGAUUCACCCAUCAAAAGAGGGUGAACUCAAAGAAAGUACCUCAAACGCAAUCGCUAUUCUCAAUGAUCUUUUAUUAAUGAUGGACUAUAUUCAAGCAAACAAAGAGAAAGCUUUCCUGUACACAGCGUUGGGCGUUGCAGUAGGCAUAAUUUUAAUAUUGUUAGCAUGUAUUAUUGUUCAGUGCACUAAUAAACGGAAACCAAAAUCGAAUCAAAUGCUGCAUUUGGCGAAAUCAACGGAAUUCAGUUCGCUUAUUGACAGUAAUCAGACCAGUCCG